AACUUGUAUGGAUCUCUAUCUAUUCUAGAGUUGGAAAAUGUGGCCGACGGAAGCCAAGCUUUGAAGGCAAACAUGAGAGGAAAGGAACAUAUUGAAAAGUUAUCAUUGGAGUGGAGCGUAAAUAUUGUGGACAGCUUACAAAAUGAUAGAGACAUACUUGGUGAGCUACAUCCAAAUCCAAACAUAAAAGAACUUGAGAUCAACGGAUAUAGAGGGACAAACUUUCCAAUUUGGCUAGCUGAUUAUUCAUUUUCUGAGCUGGUGGAAUUGUCUCUAAGCAAGGACUGUUAUUCCUUGCCAGCAUUAGGCCAGCUUCCAUCUCUGAAAUUCCUUGCAAUUCGAGGGAUGCGUCGAAUAAUAGAGGUGACUGACGAAUUCUACGGUAGUUCAUCCUCCAAAAAGCCUUUCAACUCUCUUGAACGACUUGAGUUUGCAGAGAUGCUGGAGUGGAAACAGUGGCACGUACUAGGGAAUGGAGAGUUUCCUACACUUCAAGAUCUUUCAAUUGUUACUUGCCCCAAGUUGAUUGGAAAGUUUCCCGAAAAUAUUUGUUCUCUGACAAGUUUGACAAUUUCAAAUUGUCCGGAACUCAAUCUGGAGACACCUAACCAACUUUCAAGUCUAAAAGAGUUUAAAGUUGAAGGUUCUCCUAAGGUUGGAGUUCUUUUUGAUCAUGCUGAACUGUUUUUGUCUCAAUUUCAGGGAAUGAAGCAUAUUGUUGAAUUAUAUAUUACUGACUGUCAGUCUCUUACCUCCUUGCAUUUUAACAGUCUGUCAAAUACAUUGAAGAAAAUAGAGAUAAAGCGUUGUGGGAAAUUGAAAUUGGAGUCUUCAGUUGGCGAUAUGAUUUCUAUAGGAAGUAACAUGUUUCUGGAGAAAUUGGAUCUGGAAGAAUGUGAUUCUAUAAAUGAGUUGGUCCCACAAGCACGCUAUUUGAGGGUAGAAAGUUGCCACAAGCAGCCAUGAUGGUAGUGACGAAAAGAGUUAACCAUCAUCCAUGAUGGUAGUGACGAAGAGAUUCUUGCUGGUGAAAAUUGGGAGUUGCCUUGCUCUAUUCGACUACUUUGGAUACACAAUAUGAAAACAUUAAGCAGCCAAUUUCUCAAAAGCCUCACCUCUCUUGAAUAUCUACGUACUUAUAAUUUACCUCAAAUUCAGUCACUGCUGGAAGAAGGGCUUCCCUCGUCUCUUUCUCAGCUUAUAUUAUUUGACCAUGAUGAGCUCCAUUCACUACCGACUGAAGGUCUUCAACGCCUCACCUCGCUUCAACGUCUAGAGAUCAGCUUUUGCUAUCAACUCCAAUAUAUUCCAGAAUCAGCGCUGCCCUCCUCCCUCUCUGAGCUGACCAUCUUGAGUUGCCCUAAUCUCCAAUCUCUUCAAGUAAAAAGAAAGCCUUCCUUCCUCUCUUUGCUGCCUAUCUGUCGUUGCGGUAAUCUCCAACCUCCUCCAGAAUCAGCGCUGCCCUCCUCCCUAUCUAAGCUGAGUAUCUUGGAUUGCUCUAAACUCCAAUCUCUUCCAGUAAAGGGGAUGCCCUCUUCAAUCUCUGUACUAAAUAUUUGUCACUGCCCAUUGCUCAAACCACUCCUAGAAUUUGAGAAGUGGAAAUACUGGCCAAAUAUUGCUCAUAUUCCCACCAUAAUGAUCGAUCGGGAAUAUCUGUAAUGAUUCAAGCGAAGGUGCUCUAACAGAUUGUGAAGAGUCUAUUGCCACUAUGAAACAGAGGAAGCAUCUUCACUUUGGGAUGAACGGUGAUAUGUUGCAGCUACAUAAAUCUUUAUAUCUGCGCUAAAACAUUGUAAGCGAAACCAGGAUUUUGGUAACUUCUUGUAAGCUAUUACAACUCCUUACUCAGUUAGUGAAAGGAAAAUUAUGCUGAAAUUCUUUAUUGAAUAGGCAAUGACCUCAACUGUGAUCUGUCAUCAGAAUGUAAGUGAAGAAUCAUACUUCUCUUUUGUGUGUAAUUUGCCAGCAUUAGUUCUCUUUAAUCAGUCAGUGAAAAGGGCUAGUCAUUUCUCUGCAUCAAUUAAGCCAUCCGCUGCUCUUAACUGUCAAAACUGGUCUGUUGUCCAAGUUAAACUAGGCCAUUAUUUUGUUAUAUAGCUCAGAUUGACACUAAAGUUAUACGUAUUACAUAUUUUAUGAAACUUGAAUUACUCCGAGUAAUUCUUUCACUACUGUGGAUUAAUCAACAUAGAUAUGAUGUAGUAGUUUUAAGGCUUCACUCUAUUAAUAUUUAUUUGUUCUAACAAUAUCUUCUGCUUAAAUAUUUUCACUUGAUUGCACCACUUGAUCAUGUUUGACGACUGAAAACCAGUUUGCUAGGAGUCUCUCUAAUGAAUCAAAAAGUAUUUGUACUCUUUUCCAGUUAAACCCAACCAUGAAC